AUGGCUGCUGGAGACUUUGACCCAGUGGCUACAUCUGACGCAAUAGCCUACUGUAGCUGGCGAUAUAUAGGUUUGUGGGCUUAUGUGUGCACGUUUUCCUCUUCGACAGAACAGUACCUGAAGCGGAGACGGACAGCUCUCUGUUUCACUCUGGCUCUUCUUGCAUUGUCUGUGGUGAUCCUAAUAGUGGGUUUCGUCUCCUCAACGCGCACUGAUAAUGUUGCUGUAGCUGGCUUCUACCCGGGCAUCAUUUUGAGCUUUGGGUCCUUCCUCGGUAUUCUUGGUCUGAAUCUUCUGGAGAACCGCCGGCCCAUGCUUCUGGCAGCCAUUAUCUUCAUCAGCCUGGGGGUAAAGUCCUGCUUCUUUUGUGCCAUCGUAGAUGGAGUCAUCGCUGCUGAUUUCCUUGAUAUGAGACCUCUGAUGCAGGGAAGGUGUUCAUAUUAUGACAGUGGAAUGGGCCAUGCACACGGCAACUACUACACCGGGACUGAAGUGAUGUGUCAGUCAUACAAUACCAAGUGUGAGCUGCACGUGAAGACUAACAGCUGCUAUUGCUGUGAUUUGUACAACUGUGAGAGGCCCGACUACCAUGACCACUACUAUGAGUUUAUGGGCGUGAGGAGCUGCUGGGAUGUGGUCCAUCUGCAUCGGCUGCUGUGGGCUGGUGUGGUACUAAAUGUCAUCGCCAUCUUCCUGGGCAUCGUCACGGCAGCCAUCCUUGGGGCCUUUAAGGACCUGUCCCCAGCUCCUCCUCAGGCCUCUCUUGCCCCCAGUGCUGCUCCUGCCCCACACAUCCUCUAUAACCCCUCUCAACACAUGAUGCCUUAUAACGGGUUCUGUCCCCCGGGGCAAGCACUGCCUCUAUACCCCAAUUACUCCAUGCCCAUGCAGCACCACAGCGGCGGUCCAGCUCCCCCUCUCUCUCAGCCCAGCUCUGAAGCUUCCUCUGCGCCGUUAGAAGAAACUCAGCUCUACGCCCAAAACCCAAGUAGCCCCUCAAACCCCUCGACCUCUGACCCCUCCAGCUGCGUGCUCACCCCUAAUGCCCCCACCCUCUAUGCACAACCCUUAGGCAUCUUUGAGAAGCCUCCUCCCUACGCUUGCUGA